AUUUCAUAUGGACUUUAUCUUCUUCCAAUUUGUUUGGAAUAAGAGGGGCAAGAACCUCCUUAUCAGAAGAGACGACGUCACUAUAGACUACCUUAGGAGACAAGCCCGUCAGCUCUACAGAAUAGAUGAGGACACAAAAUUCGCACUAUGCAUGGAGAUCAUGAAGGAUGGUAAGUACUCCCAAAGUCCUAAAGGGAGACACUUUUACUGCAUAAAUCCCCAGGAGAGGCCCGACAAACUUCUGUACUCGAACAAGCAACUGUAUCGGAUUCGUAAAGGGAAAAGGCUCAAGAAUAAAGAUACUAGAAUUCUCAUCACAGUGCAUACAGACAGUGAAUCUGUGAAAUAAAUAUUACUCACACAUUUCUCCCCAAGUUAAUAGAGCAAAGGCCACAAAAGCCUUCACAUCUUCAGCUAAGAAGACUCUAAAAAGUGGAGCUUCUUCUGUAAAAUCUUCAGCUAGAAGCCUAAAGGGGCGGGAGAAGGCACUAAGAGAGAUCUACUCGUCCCCUCCAAUCAAGAUAGUCAGGAUGAAAGUCGACAACACUUAUGAUUACAAGCUACCUCCGUUCUACCUAGAAGCAUUUGCUCAGUUCAUGCUAGAGUCUGAUGAAGGGAUGCUCAAGCUGAAUGAGCUCCACAGGAACUUCCCUCUUCGGAAGAAGAAGACCUACAACGUCGUAGAUUACAUCAAUUCCAUGGACUACGUGGUCCGCCUCAUGGAGAUCGGCCUUGGCCUCCAGUACGGAGGCAUAAAGAAAGACGUCAAAAAUAUGUUCGAACAAGUUAAUCAAGGGCGAGAAGACCGCAAAAUCGAAGAAGACUCUCCAACAAAGCAAAAUGAAGCAGAGACUCAAGAUUUCAACUCCAUCGAGUUUGAAGAGAUGGAUGAAGAUUCAGACGAUGUCUUUGCUAAAAAUCCAAGCAAUAUCAUGCUCGCUAAGGUGAAAGUUAAACGUAAACCUCUCCCUGAGCCUAAUCCAGAGAACGAAAUCUGCCAAUGAGAAUGCCUCAAAUGCAAAUGUUACCGUGAUAAGCCUCUAAAUAACUCAUUUAAGGACCAAAAGAUAUCCCUGAACUUUUCCCAGGAUGGAAACCUUCUGACUUACCAAGAUUUGAAAAUUAAGAAUACGUUGAAUAACACCAAUAAAGAAGUUUCUGUAAAAUCAAGCACGACCCAACCAACAGUGAUGUCAUUUAACAAAGAAAAGAAGCCGAAAAGAGAGGCAAGGGUAUUCUCGAAAGGAGUGUCCUCUACUAUAUACCAAGGGAGCACCAAUAGAAGUUUCCUAAAUCGAUACACUCAUCAAAAUGAAGAGUUUAGAGAACCUUCUCAUCACCAAACAGGAUAUAACAAAAUGAAACUGCCUGAAAACUCAAACAACCGGUCUAAAAAUUCCUUCUCCAGCAGUGGCAAUCGUUCAAUGGAGAUGCUAGAAAAGCGUCAUCAAAGAAUGAGUAAAAUUAAGCCUAUCAGAGAUAAGUCUAAUUAAUGUCAGCAUUCAUAUGACUAAGCAAUCAGAAAGCUCUGAGAAUCCAACUAACAACAUGACCUUUAGAGGGAUCUACAGUGACCAGAACUCCAAUGCUGAUAAUUACCUGAACUCAUCAGUCGAUAAUCCACAAUUAGGCAAGAAACAACCUGCAGGAAUUAAGAGGCCUGUAGUAGAGGAUCAUUAUGGCAAUUUCCAAGUCUUCAACAAACGAUCAAAAUCCAACAACAUGGCUAAGGGCUACCAUCCGUUCAAAGGUCGGAAUCCUUCAGAAGGCCAAAAUGACAACACGACUAAUUAUCGAUAUAAAAAUCGGACUCUAGACAUUGAUUCUAAAAUAAAAGCAGCAAAGAACCUACGUCAGAAGUUAUCUCGGCUGCACAAUGGGCCAAACAAGAAUUCCAAGCUACUAAAUCUGCAGCAAAUCCAGAGAAAAUCUAACAAGCUAGAGCCUAGGCUUUCUCCUCUUAAAGAUGAUAAGAAUUUUCAAAAAUAUUCCAAAAUGAAGAAAAUACCUGUUGACCACUUUCAAACAAAUGUUGGCUUUGGAACUCACAGCAAGAUAAUACAACGCAUGAAGAAGAAAGGCUAGAGCGCCACAGCUCUGGAAAGAAUGGCAUGUCUCUGAGUCUCAUAUUUUGCAGCCAAAAUAUUCCAGAAUACACCGCUUAACUUC